UAGUGAGCGACACACAAGGCACGGAAAUCUAUCUGGAGCCUCAGCUUCGGCCCCUCAACAAACGUCAACGGAAGAUGGUACGUGACAACCCUGGUAUCCUACUGGCAAUUUCACAGGCCGUGAAAACGGCCGUUACGGAGUGCAGGUACCAGUUCAAAGACAGACGGUGGAAUUGUCCGACCAUGAAGAAUGUCCAGGGUCCAAAUAGUCUAUUCGGGAAACUUCUCAACACAGCAUGCAGAGAAACAUCUUUUAUAUACGCCAUCACCAGCGCUGCAGUAGCCCACUCUGUAGCUAGAUCGUGCAGUGAAGGGAGCCUUGAGACGUGCACCUGCGAUUACAAGUACCAGCGACCCAGUGACGAAGACUGGGAGUGGGGCGGGUGCAGUGACAACAUAGCCUUCGGUCAUAGAUUCUCGCAGAAGUUCGUCGACGCUGACGAGAAAGGGCGGGACUUGAGGUUCAUGAUGAAUAUACACAAUAACGAAGUUGGAAGACUGACGGUUUCGUCAGACAUGCGUCGGGAGUGUAAAUGCCACGGAAUGUCCGGCAGCUGCACAAUCAGAACGUGCUGGAUGCGACUUCCCACAUUCCGCUCCGUAGGCGAAUUCCUCAAGGAUCGCUUCGACGGUGCGUCCAGAGUCGCGCUACGGAACGAGGGAGUCAGAGGCAAUAGCAACCGGGGAGAUCGGGGCGAUCGGAGGGACCGAGGCGACCGCUCAGAUAACGGCGGCACCGAAGCCAACUUCCAACCGUACAACUCCAACCACAAACCGCCGGGCCCACGAGACCUGGUCUACUUCGACGACUCUCCGGACUUCUGUGUGAGGAACGAGAGGGCGGGAACUCUCGGCACGGUGGGGCGGGAGUGCAACAACACAUCGUUAGGGGUGGACGGGUGUGAUCUGAUGUGCUGCGGGAGAGACUACGACGGCUCGCAAGUUCGGAUUAAGGAGAGAUGUAGCUGUACUUUUCAUUGGUGUUGCAAAGUCAAAUGCCAGGAGUGUACAUCAAUAAGGACCGUCUACCGAUGCCAGUAGAAAGUCAUAAUUUAUAAUAGUAUUUCGGUAAUCAAAUAUUUUGUU